UCGCUUUCCCAUUAUUGGUAGACCGACAACAUUCGAUGGUGGGAUGAUUACUUCUCACCUAGUGCUGAAAAUUGAAUUUCGUAAUAUACAAUGAAUUCAAGUAUACUGACCGUUCAAGACGUGUGUCGAUCGCUGCAAGGUUUCGGAUUCGUUGAUUAUCUGGUGUUUUCGGUCAUGCUGCUCAUUUGCAUUGCCAUUGGAAUUUUCUUUGGCUUGAAGGAUCAUAAUCGAAGACAGAAGGGUAGAACGGCUCGAAGGAACUCGGAAGCCCUGGAUUAUUUGGUCGGUGGUCGAAAGCUUAAAACAUUUCCCGUCGCUAUGUCGCUGGUGGCAAGUUGGAUUUCCGGAAUUGCUUUGAUUGGAGCCUCAACGGAGACUUACUUAUAUGGGAUACAAUUUGGUUACAUAUUCAUGGGUAUCAUUUUGAUGGCUUUGAGUAUGAACUUCCUGUUUAUUCCCAUUUUUCACGGCCUGCAAAUUACAUCUGUCUAUGAGUACCUUCAUCUGCGAUUCGAUAAAAGAGUUCGUUUGUUAGGGUCGGUGCUGUUUACUGUAGCAACACUGCUUCAUUUACCAAUUGUGAUUUUUGUUCCCGCGCUUGCGUUUAAUCAAGUUUCAGGCAUUAACGUGCACUUCAUAACGACGGUUGUUUGCACGGUUUGUAUUUUCUACACCGGUGUGGGAGGCAUCAAGGCAGUUAUUUGGACAGACGUACUACAAACGUUCGUGAUGGUAGGAUCGAUAAUACUGAUAAGUUGGAAAGGCACUGUGGACAUCGGCGGACUGGGAGUGCUGAUCGAGCGAAAUUUAGCUAGCGGUAGGAUAGAACCGCCGAAUUUAAGCUUGGACCCUACGGAAAGAGUUACAUUUUGGGGAAUCUUUAUCGGUGGUGGAGUUUUCUGGAUAGCAAAGAAUGCCGUUCACCAGAUGAUGGUCCAAAGAUACCUGUCCUUGCCUACAUUCCGCGAUGCCCAACGGGCAUUGGUUGUGUUUACGAUAGGAAUUAUAUGUUUGCUGUCGAUGUGUUUCUAUAAUGGUCUUUUAAUCUACGCUACAUUUCAUGACUGCGAUCCACUGACCACAAAAUUGGCACAGGCGAAAGACCAAUUGCUGCCGAUUCUGAUGAUGAAAGUUUUUAGUGAUUAUCCAGGCCUGGCAGGAUUGUUCGUUUCCGGAAUAUUCAGUGCCUCGCUUAGCUCUCUUUCGACUGGUCUGAACUCAUUGGCAGCAAUUGUGCUGGAAGAUUUCGUGAAACCUUUUCUUAAAGAAGAAUUAUCUGAGCGUAAAACACGAUAUUUAAUGAGAGGCACGGUAUUUUUCUUUGGUGCAAUAGCGGUAAUACUGGUGUUGGUGGUGGAGAAGCUAGGAACAGUGCUUCAACUGUCAAUGAGUUUGGUGCCUAUCUCACUUGGACCUCUUUUGGGAGUGUUCCUGACAGGAAUGCUGCUGCCGUGGGUCAAUGCAAAGAGCGCCUUAGCAGGAACCAUAAUGGGUCUGCUGGUCAUGAUCUACAUUGUCGUUCGAGCACAAAUAUCAAUUGCAUCCAAGGAGAUUGUCCAUUCAACUAAACCAGUUUCGGUAGAGGGAUGUACUUAUAAAUUCGACAAUGUUACAAAAACGAUGGAUUAUCCAGUCAUAUUUGAGAAAUCGAUUCACCACGUGUCGUUCCUUUACUAUGCAUUGAUUGGAUCUGUCGUUACAUCAAUAGCCGGACUUUUGAGUACCUUAUUCCUAGGACGACAGGAGAUUGAGGAUCUCGAUCCUCUGCUUGUCGCACCGUUCUUGAGAAAGUUCUUCUUCCGAAAGCAAAUAAACGACAAAAUUGGAGUUGUUCAUCGUUUCGAAGAUGCUGACACGACACUGUAAUUUGGACGUCAUUAAUAAA